UAAAUGAAGCGCGUCUCCGCAUUAAGAAGGUAAGACGGCUUCCCGGAUUCUUUUUUUUUUUGUUGUUUAAUUGUAUUUCCCGGUGUUGCUUUUCUCCGGACUUCAGAUAGCUUUCGUUUCUCUUCUAACACACGCGGCACCUUCCCCUUCAGUUUCACUUUGGUGAGUGCCAACGCUGCCGGCACCUACGGCAUUGCGAUGGACUUCAGGCGCAUGCAUUGGAACUGCAUAACUUUUGAGCUUGAUUCAGUGCACUGACCCGCUGUAGUGAGCAGGACGCUAUACAAAAUAAAGUUGAUGCAGGACGAUGGGUUAACGUUCACGCCUCCCGUCCCCCCAUCCCUUACCAUCGAAAGCUCCGGGCUUCAGCUCCUGUGCCAGGUCGACUGGAGCUGGCCGUUUUCCAAAGAAGAAAACUUGCUUUUGCUCGUAAAAAACUGACACUCUCUGCAAACAAGAAUGUGGGCAGCCGAGUCGACGCUUACUCUCCUGGGCACGCUGCUGCUCCAGCUACCUGCAAAGGCCAGUGCUUCUGAAUAUCACAGCUGCAAUGCCUCCUGCAUCUGUGCAUCAGAUAUCUUGAGUUGUGUCAACAAAAGCCUGUACCAAGUACCCACCAACUUGCCCACUUCAACUACUGCAUUGGACCUCAGCCACAACAUGAUAGUCCAAUUGAAAAAUAGGAGCUUCUGGAAGCUUUCACGCCUUGAAAUGUUGCGGUUGGCACACAACCGACUAACUGACAUCUCUCAGGGGGCUUUCUUGAAUGCCAGUGGUGUGCGCCACCUGGACCUUUCAUCAAACAGGUUGCAGGUUGUGGAGCAGCACUACUUCCAGGAGCUGUGCAACUUAGAGGAGUUACUGCUCUACAACAAUCAUAUUUCACGAGUAGACAACAAAGCUUUGUCUUCUCUGACCAAGCUUCACAAGGCUUACUUCAGCUGGAACUUACUUACUGAUUUUCCAUUCUUCUCCAUCCAGCAGGAAAGUCACCCCCUGUUGACCACUUUGGACAUUUCAUCCAACCGGCUACUGGCACUACCAAUUGAGGAAGUGGCAGCUCUGCCAGUAAGCAUUAAAAACGGCCUCUUCUUGCACAAUAACCCGCUGAGAUGUGAAUGCACUCUGUACAGCAUGUUCCACCACUGGGAGCGGGAGGGAUUUAGCUCAGUGCAUGAUUUUCGCGAGGAACAUACAUGCCUAGCGUAUGGACAGACCCGUGCACAGAUUCGCUUCUUCCAUCAUGUGCGUAUCUUUGAGAACUGCACCUUCUAUGUUCCUGGGAUGCCAAACACCUCUCAAGGUAACCUGCAAGCAUAUGUGGGUGAACCACUGCACAUCAACUGUGGUACGAUCUUGCAUGGGGCACAUACAACCUAUCACUGGAUCUCACCCCACCGUGAGUUCAUUAUACCACCAAGUAACACCAACAAGACUAUUUACAUGUAUACCAAUGGCAGCCUGGAAAUAAAGGAAGCUCAGAUUGAAGACUCUGGAAUUUACAUCUGUGUGGCCAUCAACCGUGGGCUGAUGCGUAAUGAGACUAGGGAAGUGAAUGUAACCGUGCUGAAACGCCGUUCCCAUGGGGAAGGAUUCAAUACGGCAUUGACCACGUUGCUGGGCUGUGUGGUUACCUUGGUCCUGGUGGUCAUGUAUCUCUACCUGACACCCUGCUAUUGCUGCUGUCGCAAGCAGCCCUCUGCAAGUCCUACCAAUGAGUGCAGUGCUCAGUCUUCCAUUCUGACCAGCACACCCCCUGCUAGCACAGAGGGUCCUGGUAGAAAAAUUAGUGGCAAUAAGCAUGUGGUUUUUCUCGAGCCAAUUAAAGAAGUGCAAAAUGGGAGACUUAAGAUGAUGCUGGGAAGUGACAACUCACAACAAAUGCAGCACUUCAAGUCAGACUCAGACUCCAUUACAUCCCUUUACUCAGACUCUCCCAUGGUCCUCUAGAGUAACAUGAAGACUCUGCACUACAGGAUCACAGCACCAUCACAUCUGCCAAGUCACUCCUUUUCUAGCGCCUUUUACCUUCUGCCAUGACCUUAAGGCUUUACACGGUUCCCUGAUGCAACUUGUGCAGCACUUGACAGGGAGAAAAUGGCAUGCAUACACACUAGAGGCUUUGUUACAGCUUUGUGGAUCUGAACAGACUGUGCCCCAUCAAUUCACUCUGCGGAAAUAACGUCAUGCAAUUCAGCACCUGCAUAACCAAGCUAAAAUAAAUGCAAAAAUCAUUUUCAGACUGUGUUAACAUUGAACAGGCCGCUUUUUUCUAUGCUCUGCUUAAAUCUAAAAAUCCCAUUGUGGUGCUAGUAUUAGUCUGCAAAACUCUGCCUUCAUGCGUUGAGACUCUUCCUCCUGAAAUCAAUUCUCCGUACAGUGUGAGAGGUAUUUUUUUUUUCUCAAGUUACAUUUCCUUUCCAACAGAAAAUCAUAGAACACUAACUAAGAGCAUAAGACUUUUUAUUUCCAGUUCACAAGAAUAGCCGACUUUGCUAGUUUUAGGACCUUGAGCCAUUUUAAUGCUAUAAGAUUGCUGCACUGUGUUAAAGGUAUGCAGUACAAGUAGAAAUUUUGAAAUUCUAAUGCUUUUGCUUAUACUGGCACAGUUGACCCUAUAGAUGGCAGGGCCGACGUCUUGUCAGUACCAGCAUGUGCAUCACAUUUGUAGGAAUGUCAAUGAAAUGGUGUUUUCCAGUUUUAUUUUCGAGUAAAAAGAAAAACAAAUUAAACCAGAGUGACCACUAAAUGUGUGUUGCUCUUAAGCUGAGGGAAAAAAUCUAAUAAGCAGUCUUUUGAAUUGUGGGAGGAGCAGGAAGCACUCAGCCAGCACAGCUGCCAGCAACUAUUAACAUGGAAGGCUAAUGCACUUUGUUCUAAAGAAAUCCAGCAAAAGGCAAGGUGUUUGAAAAAUGUCAGCAGGAAUCUGUAGGGAAAGGUUACAGUCGGGGGAAAAAAAAGUACAGCAGGUGUAGUAAAUCCGAGUAAUGACAGGCCAUAGUGAGUGCAGGUAUUAAUUACAACCUCUCAUAAGACUUAUAUGAAUCUCUUUAAAAUAAUUAUUUACCUGCUCCUGCAUUAAAUCUGUAGAUGCAAAAUGAAUCUGUAGUAUAAAAUUUACCAAUGUGUUCAUUGUUGUUUUUGUCUAUUUAUUGGCAAGUAGACCUGACUUAACACAAGGAAUAUGCAUGAAAAAACCCACCAUGCUGUAAAAUAAUCCUGCACAUUUUAUAUGGAAUGAUUUUAUAUGGAAUGAAUAGAUGGAUAGGUAGAUAGAUAGACUGACUUUAUUAAUCUCAAGGGGAAAUUCACAAUUCACAGUAUUUAAGUAGUUAAACAGCACAGUGAAGUGCUUUAAAAAAACAAUAGUACAAUUGGUACUGUACUAUUAGUUGAAGUGACUAGCACAAAGUCACAUAAUGAACCUAUCCAUAAGUCUAUUAUAAGCCAGCUUAAUGAAAUAAAAGAGUCACAGAGGACUGAAGCACACCCAGGUACUACUGGGUCAAGGCAGGAACAAAACCUUGAGUGUGCACUGCAGUGUGAUGUAAACCUGUAGACAUCCACACACACUCACACCAUAACAUUUUACCAUCACUGAUUAGCUCAACAUGGCCAUCUUGGUUAUGUAGCAGGAAAAAUGUAUCCAGAGAAGAACCCUAACACAGGGAGAAAAUGCAAACUCCACACAGACAACGACUGCAGGAGAAAUAUAAUUGACAACCUUUUAAAUUACACUCCAGUGCUUUAGUUAGUUAGUAGGCUUCACUUCCUAAUAAAUGGAAGUGCAUUUGUCAUCUAGGAUUCUUACUUAACACUGGCAGAUUCUUAUUUUUAACCGGAUGGUUUUUAAAACCAUGACGAACUAUGACAUAAAAAAAUGUCCCCUUUUUAGAAACUCCUUAAAGGAGGAGUUCUCAAUCUUAAUCAAAGAGGGCUGCAGUGUUCACAGGUUGUCAUUCCAGCCAGUUUCUUAACUGAGAGACACAGGAGAGCUUCAGGACAGAGCCAAAUUUUCCCCUGGGUACAAAUUUCUUUUCUUUUCUCUCUGUCUGUCUGCCUUUCUCGCUCUCUAUCAAUUUAUCAUUGCUACUAAUACAACUUUGAUUUUUUUCCCCACUAGAUUAAUAUGAUUCACAAUCCUUAAUUGUUGCUUUAUCUCUUGUACAGCUGCAUUUCCAGUUUUUCAUUUCUUUUCCUAAAAAGCUGACAAUUAACAAUGUAACCCAAAUCACCAAUGUGACUACAGGUCACUUGCUAUCUUAGCUAUCUUUUCACAACCUUAUGUUCAUCUUUUAGUACAUCUCUCUAUUAUAAAAAAAAUCCUGGGAGAGAAAUAUGGAAGACGAGACGUGAUCUUCACGUUAAGAACACA